CAUCGUGUCUGCUCACGAGACUCCUGAUCUUUCGCGUCCUCGACUCCCUGGCGUCCAAGGGAAGGUGUGACCAUGGCUUUCUUGCUGGCAGGGAAUCUUUAUUUUCAUUUGAAAUCCCUCCGACGCUGCACCAUAUGGCUGAUGAGAGGGGACAUCCGCCAUUAGAGCGACGUGUAGGGGACGCGAUCACUUCUGGAUCAUCGCAAGGGAGAGUUUUGCUUUACGAAAGGGGAUAUUUUGACAGCAAAGGUCAUUUAUUAGAUUUUUUUUUUUUUUUUUUAAAACAUUGAACCGUCAUUUGAUCCACUUGGAGAAAAACUUCCAUAACACUUUAAGGUUGGUUUUGUGUUAUCGGGAACGCUUAUUUGAGGUUCAACAUUCGCAAAUGCACCUAUUGGCGGAUUUUUUGGUGGGUGACAUCUACCCUCCAUUAUUCAGUGAAAAACUCACCUAUUUGCUGUUUUUUUUUUUUUUGCCAUCUUGUGGCAUCUUGGUGGAUUCACCUAUUCACAAAUUUUUGGGGGUGAACUUACCCUCUGUUAUUCACUGAUUUUGUCAAAAUAAAGUGUUUGUUUGGCAAUAAAAGUAUUUUUUUGGAGGCAAUUUCUGUGGAUUCACCUAGCUGCAGAUUUUUGGGGGAACCUAUCCUCCUAUUAGCUCUUUUUUGUGCCCAGGUCAAAGGACUACUUUUGGAGGUAUAAUUACCUGUUCGAUUUUUUUGGGGGAGCCCAUCAUCAGUUAUUUGCUGAAAAACUUGAUCUGUUUGCUGAUUUUUUGGGGGGGAACUUAUCCUCUGUUAUUCACUGAAAAUCGCACCAAUUUAUUGUUACUUUGGCGCCAUCUUGGUGGAUUGUUUUAGGUAACCUGUAAGUUAUUAACUGAAAAACUCACUUUUUACAGUUUCUGUAAAAACAUUUUUUUAAUCAGCUUUGGCACCAUCUUGGUGCCAAGACAAUAUGUUGAAGUCAAUUGAGAAGCUUCAUUUAAACAAAAAGUGGAGCUUUGCCAUCAAUUUGUGGAGUUUUGGCACCAAGGACCCAUGUUAAAGUGAGUUGAAGAGUUUCAUUUAGACAAAAGCAGUGCUUUGCUGGCAUCUUGGUGCCAAGGAACUAUGCUGAGGUGAGUUGAGGAGUUUCAUUUAGAAAAAUCUAGUGUUUUGCCCCCAUUUUGUGGCAUCUGCAAUUAUAAACCUUCGGACUGCAGCUUUAAUUAUGCACAUUUGUAGAGACAAUUUGGACUGAAAAAGCCAAAGAACGAGUAAACACUGUGGUUCCAUUCAACAUGACAAGACGUUUACUGUCAGAAACUCCCUUGGUCCUUGUGGGAUAAAGCCAAAGAAGAAGAAAAUAGAAGAAAAAGAGGAGCGAGAGCAGUUCACCUGGUCCAUUAUAAAUAGUUGAGGGAGAGGCUGCAAGGCGACACUGCGAGUGAUUCUUCUUCUGUAACUGGACACUGGUGCUGCGAACCAUUUGGGGAGGUGACCACUGAAGUCCUCCUUUUGUUCCUCCUCCUACUUCUUCUUCUUCACCCACGGGGCAUCACUUCCAGACUUUGCAACUCUCUGUGGUUCUUCUUCAUUUUUUUUUGGGAUAUAUCCUGUAGCUCAGCUUGUGUGCAUUGGUGUGUGUAUUUGGACGUCAGCGACAACAUGUCUGCCUCGGUGGAGGCCCGCCUUAAAUUGAUACUGCUGGCCCUUCUCGUGGUGCUUCAAGCGGGCGCUUGCGCGGGGGCGUGCGUGGAGGUGGACUCAGACACGGAGGCGGUAGCCAACCGAGGAUUCAAGCUGGGCUGCAUCUCGUGCAAGAGGAGGGGCGAGGUCAAGGCCACGGCCGCCGUCACUUGGCUCUUCAAGGCCCUCAACGACGACAACUUCUCACACUUGUACAGCUACGAGGAUGAGCACGGCUCGAUUCUGGACGAGCGCUUCGAGUCACGCGUGCAGUGGCGCGGCAACAGACGUACGCUCGACCUCCAGGAUGGCUCCAUCUACAUCGCCAACGUGACCUUCAACGACACGGGCACGUACAUGUGCGUCUUCAGCCGUGUGCUCGUCUACGACGACUACACCUUCCACACCAACACGAGCAAGAUCAUUAACGUACGCGUGGUGCCCACAGCUGUGGCUUCUGGUGGAGAUGAUCUACUGUUACAGGAAGAUCUCAGCCGCCGGCGAGGAGGCCUUGAGGGAGAGCGCCUUGGGAAAGUGCUGGCGCAGGGACGGAUUCUCACAUCCACCUUCAGUGUCACCGUCGCCUCCACAACACAACAAGAUGCGAGAGUGACGCUGCGCUCGACACACUUUAUGCAAAUCUACAACAAACAACACUUUGUCUGCGCGUGUGUGUGUUGUGUGUGUGUGUGCGUGCGUGCGUGCCAGCGUUUAAGGGCUUGCUUACAAAUUGCAUACUGCUCAAACAAAGAACACCGUUCCUUCUUGGAAUGUGGUGCAAGCAAAAUAAAUAAAUUAAUUAAUAAAUGAAUGAAUUAAUGUAUAAAUUUAACAUAAUGGCAGCCUAAAAAUAUUUGCCUGGUUAAAAAAAAAAAAAAAAAAAAAAAAAAAAAAGUAAAAAUAUGCCUAUUAAAAUUUUCUUACAAACUUUUAUUAAACUAAAUUUACAACCGGUACAGUUUUCUUGAUUUAAAAUUGAUUUAAUUCACUUUGUUAACUUUUCACGGUUGUGAGAGAAGCUCUAAACCAAAAUAUUAUCUCCACAUAGUAUUACUGAGCACUUCAUGAAAAUUACAUUUUGUUUUACUAAUUUCUUGAUUUUAAAUUAAAUUCUAUUAAAAUAUUUUCACUUAAUGCUUUUUGAAAAACCCUAAACCAAAGUAUUAUUAUAAUUUCAAUAUAUUUCUUCACAUGUUAAUCAAAUUUUACUUGUUUACAUUUUGAAAAAAAUAUUUCUACAGUAUAUUAAACCUAAUUUCAUACAAAAAUGUUCACUUCUCACUACUGUCUGAAAACUGCUAACAAAUUCAAUGUUUUCCAUUCAGUAUUUCCUGAGGUGUAUACAAAACUUUAAAAACAUGUAUUUUCCGUUUAUCUUAAAAAUAAAAAAAAAGUUUUUAAUUUUUAUUUUUAAAAAUGACAAAAAAAAAAAAAGAGUAAUUAGGCAGUAUUUUUGAAGAUUUAUAUAUUACAAUAUAUUAAUAUAAAAUAUUUCAGAUGACUAUUUUUUUUUGGGGGGGGGGGGUGGCUUUAGAACAUACAAGUGACCUGAGUCAUACAUGACGUGCAUGCAGACUAUUCAACAACAUGUACACACACAUUUCAGGGCCGUCAAUCACACAAACUUUUCAUAGAUGAUUGUUCCACAAAAGCAUGUCCAAUGUCAGUGUGCCUCCACAAAGGAAAUGUGUUCAAGAGCCUUGUUGCAAGUCUCCCAUGUUUGGAUGAUCACUCUAGUGGCCACCAUUGUAUUACAUCAAUGGUGGCCACGAGAGUGUAGCAAAACGCUCCCAUCAGAUAAGAAAAACCUGGGGGCGGGUUGGGUGGGAGGAAUAAAUAAAUAAAAAUUAAAAAAAAGACUGACAAUGGGAAAUCUCCUAGUCGUAGUUUUGAUUAAAUGGUAGUAAUGGUGAAAUAACAGUGUCUCAUCUACAAAUGCAAUACACUGUGGCACAUUGAUUUACAAGUUUUAUCGGGCCAAGCUCAUAACUCAAUUUAUUCAUACAGUAAAUACAUUUUCAAAUGAAUUGUAAUGCCAUGAAUACACUCCAGCCAACAAAAACACACCACUUUUUUUGUUUAGUGAUUUUUAUAAAAAUAAAUAACACUUUAUUGUAUAGAAAAAAA